AUGGAGUCAAAAGCCCCGGGCCAGUCAGCUACUGCCCAAGAGCCGAGUUGCUAUAACUGCGGCAUCAAGGGCCAUUGGGCCUUUGCAUGCCCAGAGCCCACCCGAGAUGUGCCCGUGGGUCUACAACAAUGGCAAGAGCGUAAGGAACAUGGCAGUCAUGAGCGACGGGUCAGCUCAUCGAAGGAGAAGAAAGGCCCCAUUGUAACUCACUACCACCCGCCCCCUUCGGCCCAGCCCACGCAUCACGUCCCGUAUGGUACUCCUCCACCCCCUUCGUACCCUCCUGGCCUUCCUCCACCUCCGCCCCCAGGCCCUCCAGCCCACAGCUACACACAACCUAGCUACCCGCCAAACCCCUAUCCGGGAACAUACCAACAUCCCCCUCCGCCGCCGCAAUAUGGCCAGUACCCAGGACCACCACCACCACCUCCUCCGCCGCCGCCGCCGGCACCUCACUAUCCUCACCAAGCUCCUUAUCGGCAGGAACUUUCCUAUCCGCCGCCAUACCCGCCUGCCCCAAACUACUACCCCAAUGGCGCCCCCCCUCCGCCUGCGGCAACUCCACCUCCGGUCCCAGCUCCAUCUUCGUACCCCCCAGGCACGUAUCCUCCGCAUCAAUAUGGACCAUCACCACCACCACUGCCACCACCACCACCGGCAGGGGCGUCUUAUAUCCCGCAUUACCCGCCUGCACCGCCGCCACCCCCGGGUGCGUACCAGUACACUCCUCCAGGCCAGCCACAUCCCUACCCCCCUCCUACUCCUCAGUACGCUCCACCACCCGGCUGGACUCCGCCACCCGCAGCUGGGCCGGCUCAUCCGCCUCCACCGUCUGCCAACCAAACGCCGCUAGGGACUCAUCGCGGGAAGCACCAAAAGAACAACGGCUCGAAACGCUCCCACCAGCAGCGUGAACAGAACCGAGAUGUGAACGACCGGCAUGGCGAGCGAUACGGCGAGCGGCACAACGAGCGGCAUGGUGAGAGGCGUGUUAAGCCAAAAGUGGACGCCAAUGCCGAACCGAUCAAGAAUUCAGAGCGGCCGAAGAAAGCCACGAGCGACCCAGAGGCGGAUCAAGAGGGCAAGCUAGAUCGCCAAACAGAAGAAGAACUCAAGCUGGUGUUCCCAGAGAUCCAGACAACCCCAGCGGAUCCCGUGGGGAUCCCUCUUCGAGCCGAAUACAACGAAGACCCGACGAUACCGCCAGCUUAUAAUGCCACUUGCGUCAAGUCGGAUUGGUUCCGCGAAGAUAACCAGAAGGAAUUUGUGCGGUCGAUCCGAGAGCAUCCCUCUUGGGCUACGCUCAAAGAUGACCCCGUAUUCAAGCACUUCUCGGGGAUGGUCAGCCGUUCUUUCUCCGGCUACGAACACCAAUACUUCAGUUACGAUGCCUCAGAUCCGCCCCCUUCGCCCUCGGCGCUCAAAAUGCCGCCCAAGUUCAAGAUUGACCAAUCCGCGGUCAAUGCAAGGAGGGUCUCGCUGGAACAAAGACGGACAAAUAAUCACAACGACCAGUCCCAGCCUCGCCGGUCACAAGGCCGUCAACAGCGUGAUUCGAGUCAUGCUCGGAACAGCGAAUAUGAUAGAAACGGGAGACGGCCUCGAAAACGAUCAUUGGACGUCAACUCAGAGCCCAGCAAAGACGGGAGAGAUCCCAAACGGAGCCGUCGGUGGUCUCAGCAACAGAAAGACACGCCAUAUGACAGCCAUGACCGACCCGUGUCCCCUCCUCGUCGCAGUCGGUCUCCGGUGCAGUUCAAUUUGGAGGGUGAUCCCUGGUCACCACAAGCGGGUGAAACGAGCCUGCGAAACACGAAUGAGCGCCGGAAUUCUGGAGCAUACAACGACGGAAAAUACUCCCCUCCACCACGAGACGAGAGAAUGAGUUAUGCAGACCAGCGCCACGACAGCGGCUACCAUAGCGGGCAAUCCCUCGAUAGAAGCACUUCCCGGUAUCAGGACGAGAAGCGAGGUCGUCAGGGGGCGGACCGACCACGCCGGAAGCGUAGAUCGCCGUCUCGAUCUCGGAGCCCGAGCGGCAGCCGGAGCCGGAGUCGGUAUAAUAGCCCUGUGCGUGGCCGCAGUCGAGUAUCAACCCCGGAAAGGAGUAACCGCAGUCGGAGUGAAUCGCCGCUCACGGCUCUGGAGGCGGGUUUGUUGGGGCUCUCGAGGGAUUCCCCCGAACCAGAGUCAAAAUUGGCACCGAAGCCGAAGCCAGCGCCGAAACGACCCAUCAAGCGGCCCAAGGUGGCGGCGGCGUUUGGGUAA